UAACCCCGCACUUAUCUGUUUUUGCAAACAAACUGUUCAGUUGUUAAUUAUGACAAGAUUUUUUAAAAUAUAUGGAUACAAUACAUUAUAUAUUUGUAUGUGUACAGGUAUAUUGACUGUAUAGACUGCGCAUUUCGUUGAUAAUGUCGGUGAAUAGGCGCAGGGGUUACGUGCGGUGUGGGAUGGGCCACUGCUGCAGUCACGCGCACUCACUCCGGUGUGGGAUUGAUCGAGCACGCGCAGCUCACACACAUUCACUUAUCAUCUCCCAGUGAACGAAUGUUGCACUCGAGCAUAUAGAAUGAGCUGAUCUCUCCAUCUACGACCUGCACAGACGAUAUAUUAGCAAACCAAUAAUGAGUCAAACUGAGUUGGAAAUGCCAGGGCCGAGUGUGAGCCGACCUAAACGCAACAUAAAAAGGAGGAGGUGGGGGGGUCUGAGGCAGCGGUGGAAAAUGCUGGGUCUCUUUGAGAUCGACCAGCAGCACGAGUUCUACAGCCUCACAUGUAUGAUGAAAGAAGGACUUUGCGCUGCCAUUCAAAACACCAUUGACAACCCUUUACCUGAAGAGCUAUCUGAAGAUGACUACAAUCUUGAGGUUACGCAAAUCCAUAAGGACUUCAUAAUGGAGACUUAUGCCGGUCCAGUUUUCGCCAGUUUGCGACGCUCUCUGGGGAUGACAGAGAAGGAAUAUCAGCAGUCCCUCUCCUCUGAAAGCAGCUAUCUGCAAUUCAUCAGCAAUUCCAAGAGCAAGGCUGACUUUUUCUUGACUAAUGAUAAGCGGUUCUUCUUAAAGACACAGAGUAAAAGGGAAGUCCGUUUUCUCUUGUCUAUCUUGAGAAUCUACAUGGAGCAUCUGGAGAAGUAUCCACAUUCCCUGCUUGUCAAAUUUUUAGGUGUUCACAGGAUCAAAAUUGCUCACCAGAAGAUGAAAUACUUUAUUGUGAUGCAAAGUGUCUUCUACCCAGAUGAAAGAAUCACUGCACGGUAUGAUAUUAAAGGUUGUGAGGUGAGCCGGUGGACAGCCCCAGCCCCUGAAGGCAGCCACAUGAUUGUUGUAUUAAAGGAUCUCAAUUUUGAGGGACAGUUCAUUAACCUAGAUCAACAGCGCCUUUGGCUUUUGCGUCAGGUGGAGAUUGACACAGCCUUUCUUCAGACGCUCAAUGUGUUGGACUAUAGCCUCCUGCUGGCCCAUCACCCCUUACAGCAGGAUGAGCUAAGCCAGAAUCUCACUUUCGAAACACUCGUCAAGCGCACCAAAAAGUCUGUUAAUGCAACCUCCAGUCCUACACAUGUUGCUACAGCCACUGUUCCUGACGUGGUGGCAAAGGAUGACUCCAUCCUCUUCUCCUCGGAACUAAAUCGUUCGACAUCACAGGGUCACGCAACAGAAAUGCACUGUUGCAAUAAUAGAAGUUACGAGGGAGAAAGCAUCGAGCAGCCUAGCAGAACAGGAGCAGAAUCAGCCGAUCUACAAGUGUUCCAGGCCCAGAACCGAAGGCUUCUUCCCAAUUUCAAGAACCCACUUCAUGUCAUUGAUGGACCAGAGCAGCGUUACUUUAUCGGGAUCAUUGACAUCUUCACUGUUUAUGGUUUCAGAAAGAAGCUUGAGCAUCUGUGGAAAAGACUCAGAUAUCCACGGCAAACAUGCUCAACAGUGAGUCCUCCAGCCUACUGUUAUAGGCUAUGCCAGUGGGUUCAGAAUCAUAGCAUGACAGAAUCAAAGCAUGACAGAAGUGUGCACAGUACUUAGACACCUGAGCCAUACAUACCUCAUUAUAUAAACAGGCCAAAACUGUAGAAAUGAACAGAAUGUACAUUUGAGCGUGUCUGCUUUCAGAGUAUGUCUUUGAACAACUAUUUGUUCAAAUAAAACUAUCCCAAUGCAAGUACUUAUGGAAACACUGAUUCUUCUUGAAAAACACAGUUUCAAGUAACUGCAUCUAUAUUUUCCCAUUGAAAAAUGAUAGGUAUACAAGUAUAAAGAAUACAAGUCAGAUGUGUAUACUUUCUCCUAUUCCAUUUCUUAUUUUUUGAUGGCAUUUACAAAUCUGGCUUCAAUAUUUAAAUUUCACAUGCGACCGGUACUUGAAGCCCCUUUUCAUCUGUUCUGUCUUCUAUACGGCAUUGAUUCUGCCAGGCAACAAAAAAAGAGUCAAUACAAGUGCAGCUCUCACCCUUUAAGGUGCUUUGGGAAGGAGACACAAACUGUAAGAGCGUUCUGUCA